AUGUCCGAAGUCACCUCGAUACAACCUAUACCCGAACCACCGUCCAAAAGGAAAAACGCCAAUGCCAUCGAGCUGAUCUCGGGUAGUGUAGGAGGAGCUUCUCAGGUGUUAUCGGGUCAACCUUUGGAUACUCUGAAGACAAGAGCACAAACAGCACCUAAAGGACAAUUCAAAAACACCCUCGAUAUCUUUACGACGACCGUACGGAAUGAAGGCUUCUUGGCUCUUUACAAAGGGAUGCUCUCCCCUCUUCUCGGUGUAGCGGCUGUUAAUUCACUCUUGUUCACUGCAUACGGCGCAUCUCGACGAAUCGUCUCUCCAUAUCCUGAUUUGUCGAUACCUCAAGUAGCUACUGCUGGUGCUAUGGCAGGUGCAGCUAACGCUAUAUUGGCUUCUCCAGUCGAGAUGUUCAAGAUUCGUAUGCAAGGGCAAUACGGUGGUGCGGGAGAUAAGAAGUUGAGUGGGGUUGUAGGUGAUAUGUGGAAGGAGUACGGAUUUAGGAAUGGUAUAAUGAGAGGAUACUGGAUCACCUUCGUUCGAGAGAUACCAGCUUAUGCAGGAUUCUACGCUGGAUACGAAACUUCCAAAAGAUGGUUUGCAAAGCAUUACGCGCCAAACCCCGUACCCAUUUGGGCUUUACUUACUUCAGGUGCGAUCGGUGGAGUGUCAUAUUGGAUAGCAUGUUACCCAUUGGAUGUGAUCAAGUCGAGAGUUCAACUAUCGAAGACACCUCCUUUGAAAGGUCAUUGGUUAUCUGGUGGAUAUAUUGCGCAUGAAUUCAGGGCUAUCCUGCAGGAAGGAGGAGCUCGAGCAUUAUUCAGAGGUCUUACUCCAUCUCUGCUGAGAGCUGUCCCUGCUGCUGGAGCUACUUUUGCUGCUUACGAAGUUGCCAAAGAAUACAUCAUCAACCAUAAUUUGUUAUAA